CUCCCUCUCUCCGUCCACACCAAAGCGCUUUAAGCUACUUUGCGCAUGCACGCCCAGUCAAACCUAGCAUUGCAUCGACUCCAAGAUGGCGAAAACACGUCUGGCUUACCUCCUGACUCUCCUCUCAACUCACUGCUACUUCAACACACUAGCAGUGGUCCUGAAAACAAGUAACGAAUCCCCGUGGACUGAUGAGUUUGACAAAAUUGAGUUAUCAUGCAUAAUUGAGUCCAUUACUACAACCAAUCCCAGAAUUGAAUGGAAGAAGAUAACAACCGAGGGACCAAGUUAUGUGUACUUUGACAAGAAGAUCUCAGGUGACCUGGAGAACAGAGCGAUGAUCAGAGAACCUGCCACAUUACUGAUAACCAACGCCACAAGAUCGGACACAGCGAAAUACCGUUGCGAGGUCACUGCCGCUGAUGACCACAAGUCAUUUGAUGAGAUUGUGAUUGACCUUGUUGUAAGAGUAAAGCCGGUGGUGCCAAAAUGCAGUGUCCCAAAAUCAGUGCCUUUUGGGAAGUCAGCUGAGCUGAGCUGUGUGGAGGAGGAGGGCUUCCCCAAGUCUCAGUACCAGUGGUUCAAGAACAGGGAGGAGAUCCCCAACGACCCUAAGACCAGCCUCAAGUUCUUCAACUCCACAUACACGCUCAACGCAGAAACAGGAACUCUGAAAUUCAGCGCAGUCAGAAAAGAAGAUGCAGGCGAGUACUUCUGCAGAGCGAAGAACGAUGCAGGACACUCCGAGUGUCCAGCCCAGCAGAUGGAAGUCUAUGAUAUUGACGUUGUUGGGAUUGUACUGGGAGUGCUGGUGGUGGUCGCAGUGCUGUUGUGUAUAACAGUGGGGAUCUGCUGUGCGUACAAGCGAGGCUUCUUCUCCAGCCAAAAACAGACGGGAAACAAUUACAAAGUUCCAGCUAAAGGAGAUGGGGUGGAUUACGUCAGGACGGAGGACGAGGGGGAUUUCCGACACAAGUCGUCAUUUGUGAUCUGAAAUGGGAGAGGAUGAUGAGGGGCAUUUUGCUGAGCGAAAGACGUGACACGCGGGACUGCUCUCCACGCUGUCUGACCACAGAGCUGCCCCAGUUCAUGCUCUGAGCUCGGCUGAAACCCAACCACUCAAGUUUGCCAAAGGUGACAAGAUUCCACAGGACAACAAUAUCUAAAACUAUUACACAUGUAGGGACUGUGAUUCAUUUGUCAACGUUUAUCACCACCAACUGAAUUCUUUUGCUAAAUUAGGGAGUUUUUACUUUACAGUCGUUGCAUGGUUUUAAACACCAGUCGAGGCGGAGAAAGCGGAAACAUUUCUUUGCCCUGCCAGGUAGAAACGGCGGAGUCUCUUUCCUCCACCGCCAGCCGAUCAUGACAUCUUUCUACUGUAAAACAUUUAGCUUCAAGCCUUUUGUCAUUUGUAUAACAUUUCUUUUCUACUGUUGAAAUUUGUCGGACUAUUUUUGAUGGAAUAUAUUUUAAAAUGCCUAUAGAUAAAGGUUUACUUUUUUAAAUAUUUGUAAAAUACUAACAUGUGUUUUUUUUUUUUUUUUUUUGGUUGUGGAUAAAAAAAUAUGGAACACUUUAACCACUUUGCAUCAAGCUGUAAGCUUUUACACCUUUGCAAUCGGAAGAAAGAAAGACAAAUGAAAAAUGACUUGUAUUAGCAUAUCAAGAUGUGGUUCUUGAUCAGCGGUCUUACAUAUUUAAUUUCUCCGCUGGGAAUGCCCAGUUUCUGUUGUGAGAGACUUCCACGUUGAUGUUUGUAGAUAGUCUUUGUAUAGAGGCUUUGAAGAGUGCCAGUCAAAUGCUGUGAAACACUGUACACAAUCAGUGCCGCAUUUUCUUGAUUUUUAAGUGUCCUUCUUUGCUUGCUGUUAAUCUUGUAUAUAUUGAAUUUGCUGUCCAGGAUAGAGUUUUGCUGUCGUACGUAUGUUCAGUGUUACACUAUAAUAAUACUAGUAUAAUACUUAUUAGACAGGGUUUGUAAGUUAACCUUCCAGACCAAACAAAACUCCAUGAUAAGUUGUAAUACUGUAGACAUGGUGUAAAAGUCUCUAUUCAGAAUUUGGAAUAGAAAGAUCUGUUUGUUACUGUGAGUGACAGCUCAAACCUGUUAUCAGGACUUUGUUAUUUUAACUACUGAGUCACUUAUUUUUAAGCUACAAUUACAAAAGGUAUCAACAACACUGGUGAAAAAGACCCAGCUGUAUAGUACACACACAGAGUACUGCAGUCAGAUCGACCAGAGUAAUCACAAUAUACAAUCUCUGACACGAAUCCUGGUCCAAUCUGUUUACAGACCUGUUUUUGCUAAUACGUGUGUUGAUUAGUACAGUAGACCUUAUCUAACAUUUCUAACCUUUAGUUGUGACUAAAUGUUUUAGAUGGAAAGAAAAUCAUGUUCGGUUCCACUGAAGCUCAUAUUGUACUCAUUCCUCUCAGCUAAAGGCACACAGAUCUGAUUCUACACCCGAGUGUUACAGUAACAUACAGCUGGGGUCUGGAGGGUUAACAGCUGUACUGAUUGUAUAUAGAUAUUUCUUUUUUCCUCUCUCUCUCUCUCUCUCUCUCUCUCUCUCUCUCUCUCUCUCUCUCUCAAGAAUAUGUAAAGUGGUGAAAAAUGUAAACAUUUCCUAUUUGAGGCGACAUGAAACUCUUUCCAUUUGUAAGACAGAGAAAAGGUAACAUUUUGUCACGUCAUUCAUAACACAUGAACAACAGCUUCCUAACAGCAGAAACAGCAAAUUCAGUCAUGAUUCAAUCCGUGUGUCAGUCUUAAAAAUGCUGACCAGAAGAUGAAUGUUAUGAAUGUUUUUAUCGGCAAGCCUGGUAAAAUGUUACCUGAAUAUCAGUCAUGGUAGAGACGAUCUGCCCAUCAUUUGCACAUAGGAAGUUGUCAACACUGCUCAGUCUUUUUCCAAGUUAACAUGUUGCAUUAAGGAACCAAGAGAAAACAUUUCUAAGUGUGCUUAAGUUCACAAAUGACUCCUGUUACAGGAAUAUCGUGUGGUGAGAUACAAGUCACGCAGCUCACACAGAUGCACACAUUUCCCCUGCUCAUUUGUACAAAUUUCAUUCCUCUUAAGUGCCUUCUGCCUUUAAAGUAGUCCAGUUUCUCUACAGCCAUGCUCUCUCCCACUUUCUAUGAUACUCAAUGGUCGGAGGCUUUGUGUUUUGCAUUCAUUUAACCACAAGCACGGCGUUUGAGAGGAAUGAUAUCACCUCAAAUUUCCCCCUUCUCCUUCUUUACAUGCGUAUCUGCAAAUUUGUAAAUAGCAUUUUUCAUAGAUAUGAAGGUGUAGACACGUUGAAGUAGAAUAGAAAUAUAUUAGUGCCUAAAUAUAGUGGGAAUUAUUUUUGGUAAACACACAUAGCACUAUUAGGCAAAAGAAAAAGAUGGAUACCCAAAGCAGGGACAUUUUAUAACACGUUCAAAAAGACCCAUUCUCCUGGUUAACUGAGGUCUGUUUUCAUUCAUAACACUGACAGCCGGGGGAAUUUGACCCACAACUGCUUUCAGAAAUGAACCCAAUGCUCAAACCAAGAGUUGACUCAGUAUUCAUGAAGGUGUCAUGCAGCUGUAAUGGAGCUGACAUUGUUCAGGCAGUAGGAACCGUUUUGUUUUUUGUUUUUUUUAAAAAUUGGAGUUCAUGCAAAGCGUCAGCCUCAGACAACAAACAGGAAUUCAUAUACAGCAGCUAUACGUAGGCUUACAGCUAGCCCACAGGCAGUCCUGAACGUGUCUGUAGUCUGGUUAGAUGUAAGGCAGCGCUGAUAGAGAUUAUAUUUACUUCGCAGUGAGCAAUGGUUUCCACGGUGUGUUCAGCAUUAGGGGAGAAAGUUAAACCAAGCUCACCACUGUGUUUCAACUCAAGGAUGGCAGCGCUCCACUGAUCCAGCACUGUAAAACUGUUACUGACUGAGGACUAGUACAUCAUGUAAGGAAACAUGAUUUUCUGAACCAAACUCACAUACAGUAGAAUGUCCAUUUGGGGCCUGCUGGGGUUGUUUCUGUUCAUUUUAGAACCACUCUAUUUGUGAUUAAUAAAACUCACUUCUAAUAUUACUGGA